CAAUUUGACGAAAAAUGGACCUGGAUGGCGAUCCUAGAAAAAGUGUGUACGCUCCACUGAGUCGAGAGAGCUUUGCAAAGACCACACCUACCCUUAGGGGACUGCAUGGAUGUCUGAAGCACAGCUGCACAGCAACUCAAAAUCAUGGACAUGACUAUUUGGACCGGAGGGAUACUCCUAGAAAGUGUGCGUUUCCAGUGAGUUGAAAAAACUUUUUGGAAAGGUCCUACAAAACACCUACUCAUAGAGGACUACAUGGAUGCAUGAAGCACAGCAACUCCGAGCAAGUCACAGACCUCAAAGAUAUGUCUUUCCUAGAAAGUGGAACCCUCUUUCAGUCAUUUUUUCGAAAAAGCUUCCCAAAUAUAUUAUUCGAUAUAUCAUACUUCUCGUGCUAUAUACAUAAGUGAUUUUCUCUUAUGCUAACAAGUCAUAGUGACCCGAAAAGGCGACACUAGUACGUAAGGAAGAAUACUUACGAGACAUGCCGGCGGUCACUGAAGACGUACACUGACACACGGCAUGUGGCUAUCAAGUAACCUUAUAUAGUCAACUAUGUCUGACUAAUCUCUCUCGUUCUUUCGUUGUUCUUUGUAGCAAUUAAGCAUAUCGCCUUUUCCUUACACUCUUGAUCGUGUAACCCAUAUGAAUUAGUUACUCUUUGCAUGUUUUCGUACAAAGUAUCUUGUUGAGGAUGUAGAUAACAACCCCCCGUGGCGACUUGAUCAACGAAUAACCUCUUUUUCUCCUUGAUCGCUAUCUCGAAUGCGUGUCUGGCAUUGGUUUUUCCCCAUACGACUGUACCUGGCUGCUUUGCAUCUUUUAUAAAUUACAUUCACUUGACAGUUUUUUUCUUGACUUGCGAAGACGUACGUGUAGAUAAUGGAGUCUUAUUUAGUCUUUCUUAAGUAGUGAAUAGUUUCUUUUCGCCAAACGUGACUCCAGUAUUGGUGUUCCUCAUACUUGCAAUGCAACUCGUGUAAAUUAGCUUCUCUUUGUUUUUCUCCAGAAUCCCUAUUACGCAUUUCACAAGCGAUUCCUACCUGAUUGCUAACCAGCCUUGAGACUUGUUAUCCGUUGGGAGGGGGAAGGCAUGCGAAUCACACCAUCUUUCACUUUUUUCCUGAGAGCCGAUACUAAUCGAUCCUCGCGUGGUUACAUAAGAAGAAAUUCCUGAGGAGGAAAAAUGAAAAUCCCUCCCAGCUGACGCUGUGAGGAUUACGAACAUGGGAAAUUCCAUAGCCGGAAGGUUGUCUGCCAACCAUUCGACUCAGAGAGUACAUGUUGCCAGGACACCGACGGAGUGUCAACGUGCGUUCAUCACAUAGACAACACACUUGCAAACACUCAUGCUGUUUUCCGAGGAAAGCAUGUCAUCGAUUUUGGAGAAACUCAACAAACUGAAAAAGUCGGGAGAUGGAGAAAUUCAAAAGAUGAGUAUGUUAUCGAAGAAUCAAAAAUUUGAUGUUCUGGAUAUUCGCAGAAUUGAGACAAUGUAUGGAGACACUGUCUACGUAGAAUUACUGACAGAUAAUGAGACCAAGGUGAAAGUCUACCUUCCGAAUAGAUUCAAGCGACUUUCGGACGAAGACCUGGAAGAGAUGAGACAGUUACCAAACCUCCAAAUGGAGAAGAAGGAUGGAUACCGCAAUGGCAAGAAGUUGGCGUAUCCAGACAUCAUUUUCACUAAUGGGAAGAAAAAGUAACUUCGUAAAUCAUGGUCACCUGUCACUUGUGUGCUCCACAUGAGCGACAGUUCUACGCAACACCGGUAGGACUCCAAAUUCAUCUGGCAAACGUACACCAACUGGAGACACCAUGCAUCCCAUUCUGUGAGACUUUAUGCACACUUCGAAAUUACACAAGACGCUUCGAGCUGCACUUGCAUGACAGAGACGAGGCUGGACAUGAUGUGACAACGUUCUUUCAUCUAUACGGACAGUAUAUUGGUAGUGUGUUGCGAUACUUUGGUUUCCCAUUACGUUUUUACAUCCUUCUCAAAGCAGAACUUGGACGACAUACAGUGGAUGAUGAUGAGAUACGACUUGAUACACGAUUCGUGCCUUCCAAGGUGAGGACAGUAUGGUCGGAAGUUGACAUAGAACCCGCUAUUAUUCAGUCAGGCAGCGAAAUUGCGCACAACUUGGAAAGUCUCGAAAUCGAAGGCUCUGGUUUUUUCCUCUUUCGUAUUCUCACAUGCAUUAUCAAUGUUGGACGUCUACUGCCUGAACUAAUCGGUUGUAGUGACUUUGAGCUGCCUGCAGAGUUGAAACGAAAGAAUAGGUCUUUACUGAAUGUGGAUUACGGUCUGCACGAGGGUGAGCAAAAUAUGUGUUUUGCAUUUUCCGUGAUAGCAGGAUUGCAUCCUGCUGAUCGAUUUCGAAGACAUAGAGCAUCCUCGUAUCGGUCAUACUUAUCUCAGUAUGUGCUCCCAGAGUCAUUUCCCAUCGCGUAUCCCAAAGAUGUAGAAAUGUUUGAAAAGCAAAAUGGCAUCACCAUUAAUGUCUAUGCAUAUGAAAGGGAAGAGAAAUUUGUCUAUCCUAUAAAAGUUGUGAACGAGGAAUGCGAAAAACAUGUGGAUCUACUCAUGAUUGACUCUCAUUUUGUGGUCAUCACAAAUUUCAAUGGUUUGUUUCAAAAACGUGGACGUUUCCAUUGCAAGCGAUGUACCAUGGGUUUCACUACACAAGCUGUCCUGAGUAAUCAUAUAAACAUGUGCAAACUUCAGAAAGUAGGCAAGACAGUUUAUCCAAAGAAAGGAGACACUUUAGAGUUCGCUGGUGAGCGUCUUUUGGCUGAAGUACCUUUCUACUGUGUGUAUGACUUUGAGAGUGUCCUGUCACCAUGUCUUGAUGGAGGAAAUGUGUAUGAAGAUCAUAUCCCCUCCUCCUUCUGCCUCUUAGUUAUACGAGCGUCAGAUUCAAAUGUUCUCCAGAAACACCUUUUUCGUGGACCAAAUUGUGUUGCUGUGUUCAUGAGUCUACUGCACAGAUUACAUGACGAAAUUUUGGAGUGGAUACAGCAGAUUGCACCUCUGGAAAUGAGCGAAGAGAACGAACGCCAGCACGCCGCCGCCACCCACUGUAACUUUUGCAAAGAGUCGUUUGCAAAGAAACAGAAAGUGCGCGACCAUGACCAUGUAAGUGGAACGUUUCGACAAUCCUUGUGUCAAUCGUGCAACCUCAAUUUCAGAACACCUCAGAUGAUUCCAAUCAUUGCUCACAAUGCUAACUAUGAUAUGAGUUUCCUUGUGUCUCAUUUGCAUUUGCUCAAAAAAUCGAAAAUAAGAGUGAUUGCCAGCAGCUGUCAAAAAUUCAAAUCUAUUGACGUUGGGUCCUUUAGAUUCAUGGACAGUUUGAGUUUCCUAAAUGCAAGUCUUGAAAUGUUGGUGAAAAAUCUGCGUGAGAAGGGGGUGGAAAACUUUCAUUGUCUGCGACAGUUUUUCUCAAACGAAGAACACUUUGGACUUGUCGUUCGCAAGGGAGUCUUUUGCUACAGCCAUAUCACUGACUUCGAUGUCUAUGAUGAGCCUUGUUUACCACCUCGUGAGAAAUUCUUCAAUACACUCAAUGGAGUGGAAGUAAGUGAAGAAGACUACAACCAUGCGCAGAAUGUCUUCGAAAAAUUCCAAAUGACAAGUCUAGGCGAAUAUUCAGAUUUGUACCUGCUCACUGACACACUGCUUUUAGCAGACGUGUUUCAAAACUUUCGCAAAUGGACACUUGAUGUGCACAAAAUUGAACCCCUGCAUUUCGUAUCUCUCCCAGGGUUAAGCAUGUCCUGCGCACUAAAAAUGAGUGAGAUACAACUAGAACUCAUUCACGACCCUGAUGCGUACCUGCUAAUUGAGAAUGGCUUGCGAGGAGGUGUAACACAAUGCUCUCUUCGAAAAGCGACCGCAAAUAUUCCGGGAACAGAGCAGUUUGAUCCAACACAACCGACAAGAAUAAUUAACUACAUUGACGUUAACGGUCUGUAUGGAUCAGUAAUGCGGGAGUCGCUACCCUAUGGAGGGUUUCAGUGGUUGACAAAGGAAGAAAUUGAGAACCUAGACAUAACUCGCAUUCCACAUGAUGCAUCUAUUGGUUACUUUCUCGAAGUGGAUCUGUUGUAUGAUCAAGAAAUUCAUGAUCGUCAUAGUGAUCUUCCAGUUGCACCAGAGAAAAUGUCCAUUCCCUACGACCUAUUGUCAGACUACCAGAAACAGUUGAUGGAAAAGUUUGGGCUUCCGUCGAAAGCUAUCGAGCCAAAGCUGCUGCUAACAUUGUUCAACAAAGAGAAGUACUUUCUUCACUAUCGCAAUUUGCAGUUGUACAUGCAAUUGGGGUUGCAAGUCACAAAGGUUCACAGAGUUCUAAAAUUCAACCAGAAACCUUUUCUUCGUGACUAUGUGGAUUUCAAUCACGAACUGCGAAAAAAUGCCACUAAUACAUUCGAGCGUCAGAAAAGUAAGUAUAUGAUAAAUGCUGUUUUCGGCAGAUUUUGUAUGCAAGUGAGGAAAUUUGUAGACUGUCGCCUCACAGUGACAGACGAACAAGUUUUGAAACUCUUGCGUAAGCCAAACCUCAAACAGUUUCGAGCAUUAAGUGCUCAUGUAAUCCUGUUUCAGUUCUCCCAGGCAGUGCUUCAGAUGAAACAACCACUAUACUUGGGUUUCACAAUACUGGAACUCUCAAAGCUUAAGAUGUUUGACUUCUAUCACAAUCAUCUGAUGCGUGUAGCUCCCGAUACUAGACUGUUGUACAUGGACACAGAUUCCUAUAUAAUAUUGCUGAGCGAUGAAAAGACACUGCUUGAACUAGCUGACGAUCACUUGGACAACUCAGCCUAUGAGCAAGACAACCCUUUGUAUUCGACGAAAAACAAAAUGGUACUGGGCAAGUUUAAGAAUGAGAUGCCUCGUGAUCAUAUACUUGGUUUUUGUUGCUUAAAACCCAAGCUAUAUGCACUAGAUCUCUGUAGCAAGAAACAGUACAACCGUGCCAAAGGUGUAAAGCUGUGUGAAGCACGAAAACUUCACUUUUCCAUGUACACAGAUGCUCUUGAACAUGGCACAAUACACAGGGUUAAACAGAACCUCAUCGUGCAGAAGGACAACGUAAACAAAAGCGUGACCGUGAGAAAAAUAGCUCUCAACCCUCUGGACACAAAGCGAUAUAUUUGCUCGGAUGGAGUAGAGACAUUACCUUUUGGUAUGACAGUGUUGUGAUUAGCUACUGUAAUGAAAGAGUGGUGACUGUAUCGUAGCCUUUGUUAUGGAGUUCACAUGUUGAAUAAUACAAAGGGAAGUCAAUGCUUUUCUCAAGCAACACAAGUGACGAACCUUUUUUUGUAUCCCACAGGUACUUGUAAUUGUAAUUAAAAGUCCAGUGUCUCACAAAUGGUUGUAGUUGUGUUAUCCCUAUUCUAAUAAUUGUAUGCUUGAUUUAGAGAGUGAUGACUAUAAGCAGCAUCAUCUUGUAUUAACAUUCCCGAAAAAAAAAUGCUUUUUUUGGAGUAAUGCUCUCAACGUCCUUGUACUCGCACAAAAGUUUUGUAUGUAGCUUAUCUUGUAAUAUUGUUAUAAUGUUGUGCACGCAUCUCAGAGUCUCAAAAUGAAAUUGUAUACUUGAUUUAGGCAGCAGAUGCCUGUAAGCAGCAUGUCUUGUAUUAUUCUGAAAAAAGUAACUUUUGGAGCGAUACUCUCAAUGUUCUUGUACUCACACAAAACUUUUUACGUAGCUUAUCUUGUAAUAUUGUUACAAUGUUGUGUAUCUCAGAGUCUGAAUAAUGCUUUAUUGUAUACCCUUUUGUUGACAUAAGUAAAUAAAAUCAGUUUGUUUGGAAAACAACAAACAUAUUUUUAUUGAUCUCUUAGAGCACACUGCAGCAUGACAGCAUCUUCCCUUUCUGGAAUUGUUUACGCACAAGGGUUGGUAUAAGCCUGUCGUUGAGCUUGAAAUUUGUUGGUGAGAACCUUCGAGUACACUCUUGUAGUGGAAAUCCACAACAGAGAAGUGCACCUACAUAGAGACAGUAGAGUCCACAGGUUGCAGAUUCAUAUCCCUGGAGUCGUUUUCGAUUAUAGUGAAACGAUUUCGUGUGAUCAAUGAAUGUGUAAAAUUCCUUGUACACUGGAGGGGUACCAUAACUGUCGAAAUAAGAGAUGCUUCCAUUCCGGGCAAUAUGACAUAGUGUCCAGUGUUCUCCAUGUGAAGAUCUGGGAGCGGUGUUCACCACGUAAAGACCAGGCUCGGCUUUUUGCUGCGCAAUUUCGUCACAUGCAAAUGUCCCACGGAAGCAAGACCUUGUGCAAUGGUUGCGGGAAAACGUUGCAUAGAACUCCCACUCUUCCAUCUUCUCUAGACGAAUUUCACUCGCCGGUCUUUGUUGAUUUCCAGAACACGAGGAGUCUCCGAAAUAAAAAGUACAGUCACAGCUUCCGUAAGGUUUGCAGCAAAUGUCAGUGUAAGGCGAACGUUGGCUUGCACUAUUGGACUGAGUGAGUGCACCUCCACGUCUGGUGUGAGGUGGUAAUAGAGCAUAAAUUUUUCUUUUUGAUAGGCCUCUGGAGGUAGGGGGAUGUCUUUGCGCUUCAGUUUGUGAAGCAAGUUCAUGUAACCCUUUGUGUAAAUAUCCCGUGGAAAGUCAAAGUCAUCCGUGUACUGUUGACCACCAACAUCGAGCACUGCUCUCUUUAGUUUAAAAUGCUCCAGUUUGAAAGGGUUUCGCUGCAAGUUGCCCUGGUAUGCAACACUCUUGACCAUCAACACCGUCAAUUUUGAUGGAACUCUUUCACUGUAGAGGUCGUCGAAUAUCGCCUGAGACUGGUUUGGUGCAAUCGUUCUGUACUUAAUUUCCAAACCUCGGAGGAGAUACGAGGCAGGUGUCGUUUGAAGUCUUCGCUCAAUGCCGACAAGUACGCUGGGUGAUACCUGCACUCGUCGAAGGUAGAGGACAAUGCGUGCAAACUCCACUGUAUGUUUUUCAUUCUCAGCGGGGCCAGAGAGAAGUCUAAAUUCGUCAGUCGUUUGCCUCAGCACAACCCUGAGAUCGGUUCCAUUAAGCAAAAAUUUUUCCUGCUGGCAGAUGUCACUGAAGAUUGGUGCAUAAAGAUCACAUAGUGCAGAUCCUUUAGUACGUUUGUAACGAGCAAACAUCCCUUUUGCUUCAGCAGGCACGGCAAAAUUUUCUGACUCUCCCACUGGAUCUGGUUCGUAUAACAUUGCGGACAGUGUGUGAGUUUGAGUAACAUUGUUUGCAUUGGUAAUGAUAUCCAGGUAGGAGCGAUAUGCAUAGUGCUCGAAAUUAGAAACCAGUGUCGAAUUUAGAUAAAUAUGCACAUGUUGAAAGAGGGAAGAGGCAAAACUCUGAACGGGGAUCACGUUGUCUGGUGUCACAGUCGUGCCUACCGUGGCGGAUGCCACGUCCCCAUUUUUGCGAACAAUCUUGCAUUGAAUGUGUAAGAAACUCGACUGUAGAUCGAAGAAGGCACCUCCAAGACCGGGAACAUUAUACUCAAUCACACCACUCGAUGUUGGUGCUGAAACAGGAAAGAACUCCACGUAUUCCGACUUCUCCAAGGAAAAGUUGGUUGGAGGCAAUGAAAAGAGCUCCAGUUGAUUUGUUGUGCAGAGGCAGGAAUUCUUGUGUACAAUAGCAAUGCUAGACAUGUUUCUCAGGUGAAAAAGUCAACCUUUCUUCGUUUCUUCACCACUUUCACUGACCGGCCAACCCUCUUGCGUUUGCUUUUAUUGCUUUUUCUUCCUUUUCCUUUAAGUUUGCGAAGCAAAUCGUCAUGGGUUGAGUGGAUCGUGCGUCCAACACCUCUCUUUACAGCCUCUCCAAAUGUUGUUCCUUGUUGAACUUCUUCAGCUAUAUGACGUCCCGUGUCGAGGAGUUUUCGUCCCACAUAUGGUGCCACUUGUUUAGUUAGUAUAGGCAUGAACUGCUGCACCAGGUCUGAGAAAAAGCCUGAUCCAACUUGAUAAAGCGGUCCCGAAUAAUGUGGAAGAUCACGCUUACCGCCACCAAAAUGUGCGACGCAACAAGGUGACUGCAAUAUAUGCAUUUUUUUCUUAGACUUUCCUAAAGUGUAAUGUGACCCCGACACGUCCUGAGCCUGCAAUGAAUGGAAUGAAAUCACCUAUCUCGUUUGCCAACUCGAUUUGAAUGGUAGUUAAUUCCUUUGCUACUACAUAUUUAUAGUACAGGUUUGUAAAAGAAUAAGAAAUGACUUCGUUACGAUUCUGUACCCUGAAUGGAAGUAGACGUAAAAGUGGUGCAGUUAUAUCUCCUACAGCUUCACUCCCGAUGAUGUCUGUGUAAACGAAGAUGUAAUUUUGUGCCGGGAAAAGACAUAUAUCACGCUCUGCCACAGCAAAGUUGGAGAAAGUUGUUCUCGCUCCAAAUCCCAACAUUAGAGCUAAAUAUGGAUGAAAGGUGGUGUAGCCAUCGUUAUGACGUUCCAGCUGACAGACGUUGUUGUAGGAAUUGUAGAAUAAAAGACGAGCAUCCUGAGGUAGCUGUAACUGUGUCCGAUAUGCAUGAUUUAUUGCAUCUACGAGAUCCUGUCCUGAGCUGUAGUAGCCUUCUGGAAUUUCAUAUUUUUUCGUGCGCGACUGAUAAACAAUUAGGGUGAUUUCCUCUUCGGUAUCCACUUGAUACUUGAGUACCUUCACAGACCGGCCUUUAUCAAUCUCCGAGCGACCAAUAAUCUUCUGAGUAAAGCCAAGUUUAGUCGCCAGCGUGGAACUGAAUUCCAGGCCGGCAUUCAGCGGAAGCUGUAUUUCAUAAUGACCAGUUGCACGUAUUAUUCGUGCCUGUGUCCUGUAAUGCUUUGCGAGCAACUGUUUGAUGGGUGGGAGAAUGUUUUCUCCCGCCUGAAACUUGAUCUUCUCCUUUGUAGUUGUAGCACCGAACAUGCUUGUCUCUGUUAUCUCAUUAACAUCAUCUGUGACAUUCUUGAUUGCAAAAGGAAUAUUUACCUCUGUCAGGGCAACUUCCCACAUACCAUCUAGACUUAUGGGUUGAGAGAGCUUAACACGAAACUUGCUCAUCGUGUUAUUGGGAAAUUCAUUAGUGGAAGCAUUCGAGAGCAGAUUUACAUAAAACUGGCUCGCCAUUUUCCUCCUUUCUGGUAAACGUUAAGUUGCACGCACUACUUUUAUAUGCAACUGGCGUGCCACUUGUUUUCUAAGUCGAGGAAAAUCUCGAGAGAUGUGGUUCGAGAUAGUCACCCUGAAAGAGCUUCACUUUUCCACUUCAGACGUUACACACUCACCUUACAACAACAACAAAAAUCACCAGAUCCCCGCUGAAGAUAUAA